AUGAACAGUCCCAUGACUCUCUAUGGCGCAAUCCCCUUCAUGCAGGCUCACAAGAAGGACUCGACUGUCGGUGUUUUCUGGCUCAAUGCUGCAGAGACUUGGAUCGACAUCGUCAAGUCCAAGUCGAGUGCAAACCCUCUCAGUCUUGGUAUUGGGUCUCACACUGACACCCAGACUCACUGGUUUUCCGAGUCCGGCUUGCUUGAUAUCUUUGUCUUCCUUGGUCCCACACCCAAGGACGUCAUCUCGUCCUUCUCCGAGUUGACGGGCCAUACUCAGCUGCCUCAGCAAUUUGCCAUUGCUCACCACCAAUGCCGUUGGAACUAUGUUACCGACGAAGAUGUUAAGGAUGUCGACCGCAAGUUUGACAAAGCUCAAAUCCCUUACGACGUCAUCUGGCUCGACAUUGAAUAUACUGACGGCAAGAAGUAUUUCACCUGGGACCCUCUGACCUUCCCCAACCCGCUCGAUAUGCAAAAGCAGCUCGACGACCAUGAGAGAAAGCUUGUUGCUAUCAUUGAUCCUCACAUCAAGAACGAGGGUGGAUACUCCGUCGUCGACGAGCUCAAGUCGAAGGAUCUCGCGACUCACAACAAGGACGGAAACAUCUACGAGGGUUGGUGCUGGCCUGGUUCUUCUUACUGGGUUGAUUGUUUCUCUCCCGCUGCUCGUAAGUGGUGGGCACAGUUGUUCCAGUAUGCAAAGUUCAAGGGUUCUGCUCACAAUCUUUGGUUGUGGAAUGACAUGAACGAGCCUUCAGUCUUCAACGGUCCAGAGACUACGAUGCCUAAAGACAACUUGCACCAUGGCAACUGGGAGCACAGAGAUGUUCACAACCUCAACGGCCUCACACUUGUCAACGCCACCUUUGAAGGCUUGGUCGCACGCAACAAGGCAGAGGAGAAGGCUGGAGGAGUCAGGCCCUUCGUCUUGACUCGCUCAUUUUUUGCAGGCUCGCAGCGUAUGGGAGCCAUGUGGACUGGUGACAAUCAAGCCGACUGGGAGCACCUCGAAGCAUCGCUUCCGAUGGUGCUGUCUUUGGGUGUCUCCGGUUUCCCCUUUGCUGGCGCUGACGUCGGUGGUUUCUUCGGCAAUCCUUCUCGCGAGCUGCUCACUCGCUGGUACCAGGCCGGCGCUUUCUACCCUUUCUUCCGUGCUCACGCCCAUAUCGAUACUCGCCGCCGCGAACCUUACCUUCUGCCCGACCUUGAAAAGGGUAUCGUCACACAGGCCUUGAGACUUCGUUACGCCCUGCUUCCUGCGUGGUACACAGCAUUCCACACGGCAAGCAAGACUGGGGCACCGAUUGUGCAGCCAAUGUACUACGCACACCCAGGAGACGAGAAGGGCUUCGCCAUUGACGAUCAGAUGUAUCUCGGAGCGACUGGUCUGCUUGUCAAGCCUGUUACAAAGGAGGGCUCGACCAGUGUUGACGUAUAUCUGCCGGACGGUGAGAAGUACUUUGACUACUCAGACUACACAAGUUACAGCGGUCCCGGUCAUGUAAAGAUCGAAGCACCUCUGGAAAAGAUCCCCCUUCUCAUGAGAGGUGGCCAUAUUGUCCCUAGACGCGAUCGUCCUAGAAGAUCUAGUGGGCUGAUGAAAUUCGACCCCUUCACACUUGUGGUGGUUCUCGGCAACGAUGGCAAUGCAGAGGGCGAGCUCUACCUGGACGACGGUGAGUCGUACGACUACGAGCAAGGCGCAUACAUCCACCGGCGCUUCACAUACACUGGCUCUACGUCGUCGCUUGCAUCGGAAGAUGUGAGCACCAAGGACAAGAAGACGGCGCAGUACCUCCAGCAGAUGAAGGAUGUCAGAGUAGAAAAGAUGGUGAUUGUGAAUGCGCCAUCUUCGUGGAAGGGCAAGACGGAGGUGGACGUGUCGGAGGAGGGAGGCAGCAGCAGCGGUGAGAGCAAGAAGGCCGGAUUCGGAUUUGUUAGCGGGGAAUCGGGCAAGGCAGACUGGGCAGUUGUUAGGAACCCCGGCGUCAGCGUUGGCGCAGGGUGGAAGAUCAGCUUUGCAUAG